GGGAGGCGGGCGUGCGGGCAGGGGAAAGAUGCUGGCCACUGGAAAGAGCUCCCAGCCGGCCUCGGGCAAGCCUGGGGAAGGGUGAGAGCCCACAGGCUCCAUCCAGCCCCUCGGGCUGGAAUCAGCAAGCCGAUGGAUCCAAUGAGCAGAGUGGCGUGAAGUCUCACCCCUGUGAGCUGCCUGCCUGACGCGGUUGCAAUGAGCCAUCGCUGUGAGGACAUGCAGCCCCAGCCAUCACCUCGGGAAGGUCUCACAUCCUCUCUUCCACGUCCUUCUGCUCCAGCAGCUGACUUCUGGGGGAGCUGGUGUGCUUGCACCGGUCGCCAGGCUGUGUGGGGAUGGCUCCAGGUGGUGACAGCAGCUCCGUGACCUGAAACCCAGCGUGUGCCAUGCCCAGGACUUGCUGCCUUCACCCACUUCCUGACGAGCCUUCCAAGAGCCAACGGCGAGCUCAACAAGCCAGGGGGGCUCUUCCCCGGGGGGCUGCCCCCGGUGCCCUACGUACCCCUCAUCACAAGGAGAAAGAUGGAGCUGGAUCGCAUGGAGGGCGACUGCAAGGGCAGAGGUGCAUUGUCCACAUGCGAGGUGUCACCACUACUGGGGCCCUGCUCAGCCUGACAGCCAGGUCAGGUUCUGCUCGCUGCCCACCACACUGCUCAGCCCCCCGGGGCCUCACUUGCCCCUUGAGCAGCUUUGCAAGGUGCCGCUGAGUCCUGUAGCCCUCUGCGGCUCCCAUCCGCCGUCGCACGGGCUGCGGAGGGCACUUCCAGCAGGUGGAACCGGCUCCCGCUCUGCUGAUCAUGGUCAACAAGACCUUAACUUACUGGGGUCCCAGUUUUGAGGAGGACGUUAUCAACAUCAACGUGGGGGGCCUGAGAAGGCGGCUCAGCUCCAGCGCCCUCUCCAAGUUCCCCAACACCCGCCUGGGCCGGCUGCUGUCCUGUGACUCGGAGGAGUCCAUCCUGCAGCUCUGCGAUGACUACGACGUGAGCGCCAGGGAGUUCUACUUUGAUCGAAACCCUGGCUUCUUCCUCUACGUGCUCCACUUCUACCAGACGGGGAAGCUGCACGUCAUGGAGGAGCUGUGCGUCUUCUCCUUCUGCCAGGAGAUCGAGUACUGGGGCAUCAAUGAGUUCUUCCUGGACUCCUGCUGCAGCUAUCGCUACCACGAGCGCAAGCUGGAGAGCCGGCACCACAACUGGGAUGAGGAGAGCGAGGUCAGCAGCGUGGACACGUCCCCCGAUGAGAUCUCUGACAUCAACCACGACCUGCUGCGCUACAGCACGCUGCGCUGCGGCAACGUGCGCAAACGCCUCUGGCUCACCAUGGAGAACCCCGGCUACUCCAUCCCCAGCAAGCUCUUCAGCUUCGUGUCCAUCAGCGUGGUGCUGGUUUCCAUCGCCACCAUGUGCAUCCACAGCAUGCCCGAGUACCAGGAGGUGGAUGAGAACGGCAAUGUGCUCGAUGAACCCAUCCUGCACAAGCUGGAGUACUUCUGCAUCUCCUGGUUCACCUUUGAAGUGUCUUCUCGCCUCCUGCUCUCGCCCAGCCCCAGGAAGUUCUUCAAGCACCCGCUGAACCUGAUUGACAUUGUCUCCGUGUUGCCCUUCUACUUCACCCUCUUGGUGGACCUGACCGUGGGCAGUGACUCGGAGCUGGGCAACCUGGGCAAGGUCGUGCAGGUCUUUCGGCUCAUGAGGAUAUUCCGGGUGCUGAAGCUGGCUCGGCAUUCCACCGGCCUGAGGUCGCUGGGGGCCACCUUGAAGCACAGCUACCGGGAAGUGGGCAUCCUGCUGCUCUACCUGGCCGUGGGGGUCUCUGUCUUCUCUGGUGUGGCCUAUACCGCUGAGAAGGAGGAAGACGUCGGCUUCGACACCAUCCCAGCGUGCUGGUGGUGGGGCACGGUCAGCAUGACCACCGUGGGCUAUGGCGAUGUGGUGCCCGUCACCGUGGCAGGCAAGCUGGCCGCCUCAGGCUGCAUCCUUGGGGGCAUCCUGGUCGUGGCGCUGCCCAUCACCAUCAUCUUCAACAAGUUUUCCCACUUCUACCGCAAGCAGAAGGCGCUGGAGGCGGCCGUGAGGAACAGCGGGAAGAAGGACCCCGAGGAUGCAGGAAGCAUUUCCAGCCACGACCGAGACUCGGAGGCUCUGAGCGAGAGCUCCAUGGGCAGAGGCAGCCCCGACCGCCGCGGUCUGACCCCCGGCUCCCACCACACUCCCUGAGCCCACCGCGCCGCCGCACCGGGGACCUGCUUGCUCACGGUGAGCACGAUAUAGCUGUUGCACCAGGAUGUGGCGCCUGGCAUCGCCCCUGCCCUGCAGAGGACCAAGGAGGGCUUGGAGGAGAUGCCCAUGUGCUUCCAGCCCCCGGGAUGCAGUGGCUGGGUCCUCCUGGAUGUGUCUCAGCCUUCACCCAGCGAUGGCUGCAGACAGAUGCUGCGGCACUGGACAGAGCCCUGCCACAGAGGGGGUGAGAAAUAAAGAAAUAGAGGGGACCCUGAUCAGGCUCUGCCCUGGCUGCCUGAAGGGGGAAUCUUCCUCUGCCCUGAGCUUUUGUGUUUUCCAGGGUGAGGUUUAGGAGCUUGAGAGUGGGGCAGCCCCCACCCAGGCUGGCUGCCCUUGCAGGCCCUGUACAAGUUUGGCAUCAGCUCAGCCCCAGUCCUACCCCAGCUGGAAACAGCGCUCAGCUGUCCCAGCAACCAUGGGGAAAAGGGCUGGAAAUGAGUCUGGGUGGGAGGAGAGGUGGUGCUCAGCUCAGGGUGAGCCCCACUGUCCCCAGCCCCUGCAGUGGGAUCCACCGGACCUCACCUUCCUUCCACUGCAGUUGGAGUUUAACUGGUCUCUGAGCUGCCACCACUGGGACCCGCAGGGAUGUGGGGCUGAGGCUGCACCAGGAGCACUGUCCAGGAAGCAGG